AUGUGCUGUGUCCCUCGGACACAGUGGAUCACCGAUCACGGAAAGAGCCGAAGAUGUCGGCUCGGUCAUGUGAUCAGCUGUGUCCAAUCACAGCUGAUCACAUCUGUCACGCUGACAGAGGAGAGGAGAGCCGGUAAUCGGCUUUCCGCGGAGGGGACAUGUACACUGAUCAUCAGGACACUGAUGAUCAGUGUGCCCUGAUGAUCAGUGUAGCCCCAGCAGUGCCAGCUGUCAGUGUCCAUCAGUGCCACAUCAAUGCCACAUAUCAGUGCCUACCAGUGCACAUCAAUGCAACAUAUGAGUACCCAUCUGAGCUACCUUUCAGUGUCACCCAUCAGUGCCAGUGCCAGUCAGUGCCACCUAUCAGUGCUGCCAAUCAGUGCUACCUAUUAGUGCCAGUCAGUGCCGCCUAUCAGUGCCAUGUAUCAGUGCUACCUUUCAGUGCCCAUCAAUGAUGCCUGUCA